AUGGAAAAAAUAUAAGAAUUAGUGAAUAGCCAAAAAUUUCAGGAAGCAAUAGAAGAAUUGACUGAUUUAUUAGAGAGUGAAUUACCAAGCCCUAAGCUUGAAACUUUAGAGGUGCUAAAUCGCAUUUUAAGUCUAAGCACUAAGAGACAGGAUUUGUAAAUAGCAAUUUUAAGGCUGGCAAAAUUUGAGAAUACAGAAAGAUAUUGCGAUUUGAUACUGAAUUUGGCAAGACUAUAUAUUGAUUUAGGAUAAUUGAGUACUGCAAAAUAAGAGUUAGAAAAGUUAAGUAGCAUUAAUAAUAAAUAUAUUAAAUGCAUACUUUAAGGAUUUGAUAGAAUGUUUAAUUAAAGAGGAGAAGAUAUAUAAAAAGAGGAUUAAUGGGAAUAAUUUUAGCUAUUGGAAAAAGAAGAAAAGGAGUUAGAUUAUUUCUCAUAAGAUGGUUUAUGCAGUUAUCUGAUACCAGCAGGUUGGUUUUAGAAAUGGAGAUUAUAUGUGAAAAAUGAAGAUCCGAUAAUGCUUGACGAUCCAAUUAUGAGUUUAAAUGUUACAAAAUUAAGAUAGUUACUUAAUCUUAAUGAAGAUUGUAUUAAUGAAGAAACUGAUGUUAUACCAGGUCCAAUUGAUAGUUCAAGAUUACUUUAAAUAAAAUGGAAUUUACUACCUGAUCCAACUUAAUAAAAAUAAUAUUUGAAUUAUGUGUUAAGAAAUGACUUAAGAGAAGGAGUUGAUUUUGUCCAUGUAAGUGGAAAAGUAUUGAAAUUCUUUGAAAAAAUUUAUGGUGCAUUUGUUGUGAAAAGACUAAUUGUAAAAUAAGAGGAGUAAGAAAGAAUAAUAGUAGAUGUAAUCAUUAUGAAUAAUUUUUAAGUUAAUUCCAAGAGUUGUUGAAAUCAUAAUUCUGGAGAAUUAAUUAGAAGAAUCAUCUUUAUAAGUUAAUGGAUUUGAAUAAGUAUAAGAAUUAACAAGAAAAGUAAGAGUUAUUAAAGGUAUUGGUAAUGAAAUAAGAUGGUGGAAAUUUAAGGAUUUAUAAAGCUAAUUAGAUUGGAUGUCUAUGAUAUAGAAAGGAACAUUCAUUAAAAGUAUCAAAGGAAAAGAAUUAGACAUAAAAUUUAAAAUUGAUGAUUUAAAUUUAACUACUUAAGAUAUCCUCAUAUGUGAAAUUAAAUAAGGAAAAAGUUGGUAAUUAACUGCUGAAACAAAUGCUGUACAAUAAAAAGAAUAAAAUGUAUCAUAACUCUAUGCAAAAUUUGGCAUUAGUAAUGUUCCUAAAGCCUUGCCUGAUAGUAGAAGAGGAAUGACAGGUUUAUAGAAUUUAGGAAACACUUGUUUUAUGAAUGCCGCUCUCCAAUGUCUCAGUAAUACUUAUGAAUUCACAGAAUAUAUGGUAUAUAAUCAUUUUGCAUAACAUUUGAAUCCAAAUAAUGUAUUAGGACCCAAAGGAUUUUUAGCAGCAUCUUAUGCUGAAUUAAUGAAAUCUAUGUGGUUUGCAAAUUAUUCUAGUGUUUCAGCUAUUGAUUUAAAAAAAGUAAUAGGAAAAUUUGCUCCUCAAUUCUAUGGAUAUGGUUAAUAAGACUCUCAUGAAUUCUUAUCAUAUCUUUUAGAUGGAUUGCAUGAAGAUUUAAAUAGAGUACUUAAUAAGCCAAUAGUUACAGAUAUUGAAAUUACUAAUGAAAGUGAUUAAUAGGCUUCUGAAAAAUUUUGGAUUAAUUAUACAUUAAGAAAUCAAAGUAGAAUAUAAGAACUUAUGGUUGGAUAAUACAAAUCAACUUUAGUUUGUCCAAUUUGUAGUAGAAUAUCAAAGACAUUUGAUCCAUUUAUGAGUUUAUCAUUACCCAUACCUAGUUUUUCAUCCUUUCCAUUUUCUUUAUAUUUUAUAUAUGACGAUAGUGAAAAUUUACCUGCAAAAAUUAGUUUAUAAUUAAGUACUGAUAUGACAGGAUUAGAUAUAUUAAAAUAAUUAGAAAAUCUUUUAAAUGUCAGUCACAAAAGAAUGAAUAUGAUACUCAUAAAAGAUCAUCAAAUUUAAGAAAGAGUCUCUUAUGAUAAAGAAGCUAAAUGGAUAAAUGAACAUAAUGGAAUAUUGUUUGUUGAAGAAGUUGAAUCAAAUAUAUAAAAUUUGAAAUAGAAUUAAAUAAAUGUUGAUUUUUAUUAUGUAGCUAGAGCAUAGAAAACUAAUGAAAGCGAUAAAAUAUUAUCAUUUCCUAGAUAAGUUGUAAUAGAUAGAAAUUUGACUUCAUAAUAACUUUAUGGAUUAAUCUACAAUAAAUUUAGAAUUCAUUUAACUUUAGCAGUUAAGGAAUUAACUUCUAAAGAAUUUCCAUUAAAAGAUGAAUUUUUAACAUUGCCAAGACCAAAAAGUUUAGAGGAAUCAAUAUAAGAAUUUUUAAUUUUAGUAUAAAAUUAAUUAUAACCAUUUACUCUAAGAUUAAAAGAUCAAUUAAAUGAAAAAUUAAAAAAAGAAAUCUAAUUUAAUGUAUUAUAUAAAAUUAUUUUAGGAUAAUAUAAUACUUGAUAUUAAAGGUUCUAAUCUUUCUAUUGAAGUUAUUAUUUCAGAUUAUUUAGGAAAAAAUGCUUAAAUUUUAAAAUUACAAAGAUGCAAAGAACUAACAACAAAUGAUACAAAAUCUUAAAUAAGAAAGGGAGAAUAUGAUUUGGAUGAUUGUUUAAGAGCAUUUACAAAAGAAGAAAUAUUAGGUAAAGGAGAUGAAUGGUAUUGUAAUAAAUGUAAGAAACAUGUUCAAGCAUCCAAAAAAAUGGAAAUAUAUAAAGUUCCUUAAGUAAAUUUAUUAUAUGUAUUAUUUUAUAGAUAUUAAUAAUUCAUCUUAAAAGAUUUAAAACAAAUAGAAUAUCUAAUUUAGGUAAUUUUUACUUUAGUAAUGGAACAUAGAAAAUUACUUCAAUGGUAUAAUUUCCACAUGAACUUAAUUUAAAUAAUUUUGUAUUAUCCAAAUAAGCUGGAGAUAAUUAAAAUUAUAUAUAUGAUCUUUAUGGAGUAGAUAAUCAUUAUGGUGGUAUAGGAGGAGGACAUUAUACAGCAUAUGCUUUUAAUAGUGUACUUAAUAAAUGGAUAGAUUAUAACGAUUCAAAUGCUAGAACAACAAGUAGUAAUGUUGUAAGUGAGGCAGCUUACUUAUUAUUUUACAGAAGAAGAGAUUCUGAAAAAUGUUAAAUGUUCAAAUGAU